UUUGUGUUUCUGCUGUUGCAUGUGUUGACCACAGGGAGUCAGUGUUGAGCUGUAUUUUUUUCAUAGCAGAGGUAUUUUCGGUGCAGCAGUCAUCACGUGAACACGGCAUUAUAACACACACACACACUCACACGCACACUCCUCUCCGGUUACCGGGGCAGUGUCAGAUGUGUUUCUAUUUUCUCUCCAUCCUUCCCUCCGACCCGGAACCACUGAGAGAGAGAGAGAGAGAGAGUGUGUGUGUCUCUCCAUCCUCACACACAAACACGCACACACACAAACACACGCACACACACACUCCUAGCUCCGCCCCUCUCUCUGCACCGAUCCGGUCACAACAGCCGACCACCGACCGCUCUGCGGGCCGGACCGAGCCGGACUGAGCCGGAGCAGAACCUCAACAUGUCCCUGCAGCUGCCGCCGUGCGUGAUAGACUGUGGGACCGGGUGAGGAACACGCACACACGCAUGCACAUACACACACGCACAUGCACACACAUGGAUGCGCACACUGUAAAGAGUCUGACGUCAUUAGUAUGGAGAUUUUUAUUUAUACUCGUGAAUAUCAUGUUUGUGUGUGUGUGUGUGUGUGUGUGUGUGUGUGUGUGUGUGUGUGUGUGUGUGUGUGUGUGUGUUGUUUUGGUUGGUGUUAAAGGGACAGUUCACCCAAAACAAGUGUCUGCAGGACACACAGGUACAGAAAUAAUCAAUAAUAAUCAGGUUAAAGUAACAGUGUGAAUAAUAACAGUGAUUGAUUUAAUAAAUGAGAGUUUAUUUCAGAGUUUUAUCGUCUUUUUAAGGCUCUAAUCUUCGGACAUUAAUAACAUUCAGGUGUUUGUUGUAGGAGUUAUAACAGUUCUAAUAAAGCUGAGGGCCUGUCUGUUUAUCAUGUCUUUAUUAUAGGAGGUAAAUUUGGACUCUGGAUGCAGUGGACGUGUUCUUAAAGGGAUAUUCCAGCGUAAAUAUAAUUUAGGGUCAAAGACAGCCCCUCCAGAGAUGAAUGUUGCCGACCGCUUCAGCCCCAAAAUGUGUAGUUCCCUGAGUGUCGAUGUUAAAGCGUCUGACUUUACAGCAAGAAUACGACAUAAACCACUAAAACAAAACAGAAGUGCUAAUAAAUAAAACAUAGUGAGAGCUUUCACUGUUACUCUUUACUGUUACUGCGCUGCCAUCUUGGAUUAUGACGUCGUUAAAUCGGGGUUGGUGAGGAUCGUCCGACUUUCUGAGUCGGAAAUUCGACUUAAGGGGGGCGUUCCAAAUCCAGUCGGAGCUCGAAAAACCCGUCUUCUGCGUACAUCUGGAACGUAUCAUAAGUUUUAGUAAAUUGUAUUACGUCUUUAUGAUGGGCGGAGCUUAACUUUAGUAAAUCAUGUGACAUCUUUAUGAUGGGCGGAGCUUAGCUGGAAGCUGAAAAAAAAGCCUUUCGAGUGGUUAAUCAGCGAGUGUUUGUCGUUGUUUUCAACAGCAGCUGGAGAUAAAACAGGUCUGUCUAAAUGUGUGAUGUCACUUCCUGUCUGGGACUUCUUCAGUUUUUAUGUGUAAAAAAACUUCAUUCAGAGUUUUAUCGUCAGUUUAUCCUCAUUAAAGUGAUUCUUUAAUGUUCAUGUUCUCCUGUUUUAUGAUACAGACACCAGAGUUUCAAAGAUCUAAAUAUAAAAACACUCGUCCUCGUGUCUCCUGCGGCUCUUUGACUCGUCACUUAUCUCCACGUAUCAAAAUGUCCAGCUGUCAUCGGUGUGCGCCGAGUCUGACCGACUCUGUGAUCAGUCCGCCGCUGCUGCUGCGUCUAUUCUGGUCCGAGUGUCUGAAUGUAGGACAGCUGCAGGAAGGGGAGCAGGAGCUGGAGUCACACUUGGGGAGGGAGGGUCAGCUCUCAGCUCAGAGAGGACAGGGUCCAGAGAGGACGGGGUCCAGAGAGGACAGGGUGGACAAUGAGACGCUCAGGAAGUCCCUGAGACACGCAGACUCGCUGUUGUCCUCCAUUGUUCUUCUACUGCCUUUGUGCAGCUUCAGAUUUAGGAUUCAGGCCCAGGGACCAUAUUUGGACAAGGGGGCGGGGCUAGAGAGGAGUCACAGACCAGAAAAUGACAAGUUAUCAAAGUCAGUGUCUGUGUUCGGUUCUUUUAUGGAGAAAAGAAACAGAAAUGAAAGGAUACGAGAGUCUGACUGAGAGAGUUGAAUUCUAGAGAGACGUCAGUUUUCGAGCUCCUCUCAUCGGCUGCAGACUCUUCACUCCUCUGAGGCCUUUUUUGGGCCUAGAGCCACGUUUUGAGAACCUCUUCACAGUCCUGAUGAACACUGAGAAACAUCGGAGCGGUCCUUUUCCUAACAGAGUGUUUCCUGUGUGUGUUUGUGUGUUUGUGUGUUUCUGCAGGUACACAAAGAUCGGAUAUGCAGGAAACACAGAGCCUCAGUUCAUCAUGCCCUCCUGUAAGAACCGCAAACAGAGCCGCUCAGGGUUCGACUGUCUGCUCUUAUCUUAACCAUCUGUGUGUGUGUGUGUGUGUGUGUGUGUGUGUGUGUGUGUGUGUGUGUGUGUGUGUGUGUUCAGGCAUCGCCAUCAAGGAGUCGGCCAGCGUGGGAGAACAGGCGCAGAGGAGACUCGUACGAGGAGUCGACGACCUCGACUUCUACAUCGGAGACGACGCCGUGGACAAACCCAACUAUGCAACAAAGGUAGGAGGAGACAAGGAGAGGAGGAAGGAAAGGAGAGGAGAGGAGGAGGUGAGGGGAGGGAAGGAGAGGGGGUGGGGAGAGGAAAGGAUAUGAUUAGGUGAGGGAAGGAAAGGAAAGGAGAGGGGGGAAGAGGUGAGUAAGGGAAGAAAAGGGGAGAAGGAUGUGAGAAAGGAGGGAAGGAGAGGAUGAGACGAAGCUGUGGACAAACCCAACUAUGCAACAAAGGUAGAAGGAGACAAGGAGAGGAGGAGGUGAGGGACGGAGCGAAGGAGAGGAGGAGCUUAGGGGAGGGGAGGCAAAGGGUGGAGAGGAGGAGGUAAAGGAGGGAAGGAAAGGAGACAAGGGAGGUGAAGGAGGGGAGGCGAAGGGAGAAGACGAAGCUGUGGACAAACCAAACUAUGCAACAAAGGUAGGAGGAGACAAGGAGAGGAGGAGGUAAGGGUAAGAUAGGAGAGGAGGGGACGAGGAGGAGAAAGUGAGGGAAGGAAAGGAGAGGAGGAGGUGAGGAAGGUAAGGAGAGAAGGGGAUAAGGAGAAAAGUGAGGUAAAGAAAAUCAGAAAUAAGGAGAGAAAGGAAAAAAACAUGAAGAGGAAAAACAGAAUUAAAAUGUGUGUGUGUGUGUGUGUGUGUGUGUGUGUUUGUGUGUGUGUGUGUGUGUGUGUGUGUGUGUGUGUGUGUGUGUGUGUGUGUCUCUCAUCAGUGGCCGAUCCGUCAUGGGAUGGUGGAGGACUGGGACCUGAUGGAGAAGUUCAUGGAGCAGAUCAUCUUUAAAUACCUGCGAGCAGAACCAGAGGACCACAGCUUCCUGAUGGUGAGUGAAGCCCCGCCUCCUCUCUGUCCUCUGACUCCGCCCACCACCAGGUGUGUAUUUAACAUGUGUGUGUUUUUGUGUGUGUGUGCAGACGGAGCCUCCUCUCAACACUCCAGAGAACAGAGAGUACCUCGCUGAGAUCAUGUUCGAGACCUUCAACAUACCUGGACUUUACAUCGCAGUACAGGUGAGACGGACAGGUGAGACAGACAGGUGAGACAGGGGAGACGGACAGGUGAGACAGGGGAGACAGACAGGUGAGACGGACAGGGGAGACAGGUGAGACAGGGGAGACGGACAGGUGAGACAGGUGAGACAGGGGAGACGGACAGGGGAGACAGGGGAGACAGGUGAGACAGGUGAGACGGACAGGGGAGACAGACAGGUGAGACAGGGGAGACGGACAGGUGAGACAGGUGAGACAGGGGAGACGGACAGGUGAGACAGACAGGGGAGACAGGUGAGACAGGUGAGACAGGGGAGACAGACAGGGGAGACAGGGGAGACAGGGGAGACGGACAGGUGAGACAGGUGAGAUGGACAGGGGAGACAGGGGAGACGGACAGGUGAGACAGGUGAGAUGGACAGGUGAGACAGGGGAGACGGACAGGUGAGACAGGGGAGACAGGGGAGACAGGUGAGACAGGUGAGACGGACAGGGGAGACAGACAGGUGAGACAGGGGAGACAGGUGAGACAGGGGAGACGGACAGGUGAGACAGGUGAGACAGGGGAGACGGACAGGUGAGACAGACAGGGGAGACAGGGGAGACAGGUGAGACAGGUGAGACAGGGGAGACAGACAGGGGAGACAGGGGAGAUAGGGGAGAUAGACAGGGGAGACGGACAGGUGAGACAGGUGAGACAGGGGAGACGGACAGGUGAGACGAAAAGACACAGAGACAGACAGACAGGUAGACAAACAGGUGUACCGUGUGAUGUCAUGACCUCUGACCUGUCUCUCUCUCUCUCUUCUAGGCUGUGUUGGCGUUGGCGGCGUCCUGGACGUCUCGACAGGUGGGACAGAGAACUCUGACUGGGAUUGUCAUCGACAGCGGGGACGGAGUAACGCACGCCAUCCCAGUGGUGAGACGCACACACACACUCACACACACACACACACACACACACACACACACACACACACACACACACACACAAACACGUCAUCAUACCUGCUGUUGUUUGGAGGCUCCCUGCUCUCUGAUUGGUCGGUGUGUCUGUCCGUCUCAGGCUGAGGGUUAUGUGAUUGGCAGCUGUAUAAAGCACAUCCCCAUAGCGGGGCGGGACAUCACCUUCUUCAUCCAACAGCUGCUCAGAGACAGAGAGGCGGGGAUUCCUCCGGAACAAUCUCUGGAGACGGCCAAGGCGGUCAAGGUAACACACCUCCUCUACUCCUCCUCUACUCCUCUUUUACUCCUCUACUCCUCAUCCUUUCAUCCUCUACUCCUCCUAUCUACUCACUCCUCUUCUUUGACUCUUUCUUGAUUCUUUCUUGAAUUCCCCUGACUCCUCCUCCUCUCCUCCUCCUCCUCCUCUCCUCCUCCUCCUCUCCUCCUCCUCCUCCUCCUCCUCCUCCUCCUCCUCCUCCCCGUGUUCAGGAGCGUUACUGUUACAUCUGUCCGGACAUCGUGAAGGAGUUCACGAAGUACGACUGUGACCCCGGGAAGUGGAUCAAACAGUACCGCGGGGUCAACGCCGUCAGUAAGACCGCCUUCCACAUCGACGUCGGCUACGAGCGCUUCCUGGGCCCGGAGAUCUUCUUCCACCCAGAGGUCAGAGGUCACUCUCAGAUCCAUGAGUGUUGCUGCAUUCGAGUUACCUCGGGAGUCAGAUGUCGGAAAAUGACGUCACACCUGAGUUACCAGUGUUUCAGUUACCAAGUGUCUUAUAUUCGGACAAGUCAAGCGCUAAAAUAACUUUUGUACAGUAGCCAUCUUAUUUCCACCUCCGAUUUCGCUUUUUUCCGACUUAUGCUGGUAACGUGGUUGUGACGUCACUUUCCGACAUCUGACUUCCGAGGUAACUCGAACGCCACAUAUGACCUGAUUAAUGUGAGCGCAUGAAGUUAGCGUGAACCUAAACGAGGUUUUCUUUCCAGUUUGCUAAUCCCGACUUCAUGCAGCCGAUCUCUGAUGUCGUUGAUGAGGUCAUCCAGAGCUGUCCAAUCGAUGUGAGGCGGCCGCUCUACAAGGUAACUUACCUGAGAACACCUUACCCCCAAUUUUCAACGCAUCCUGAACGGCUCCGAUCUGGAUGGCGGCGGCAAUUUUGUUUUCGAGUUGUCUCUAUAAAGACAGCCACAUAGACAUAUAAGCAGUAGAUUGUGUCCUUCCAGAGGAGGAAAUCUACUUCUAGACUUCUAGAAUCAGCAUCUCCUCAUCCAUGGUGUCAUCGGGGUGAAAUGACGUCUAAAAACCUUUCCUGUGACUCAUCAAAACCAAAUAUCCCGUUUUCCGUGUUAAAGUCGAACAUUUGUCCGUGUUUGUUUGUCAGAACAUCGUGCUCUCAGGAGGAUCCACCAUGUUCAGAGACUUCGGUCGGCGGCUGCAGAGAGACCUGAAGAGGGUCGUCGACGCGCGUCUGAAGCUGAGCGAGGAACUCAGUGGAGGACGGAUAAAGGUGUGACAGGAAGUUCUCGUGGUAUUUGGAGUUACACGCCUGGACUAACACUCGGCUGUGUUUGUGUUUGCAGCCAAAGCCGAUGGAGGUCCAGGUGGUCACUCAUCACAUGCAGCGUUACGCGGUCUGGUUUGGAGGCUCCAUGCUGGCGUCCACGGUAACCACACACACACACACACACACUCUCUCUCUCUCUCUCUCUCUCGUCCUAAAACCUGAACCUUGUCUGUGCAGCCCGAGUUCCUCCAGGUGUGUCACUCUAAGAAGGACUACGAUGAGAUCGGCCCGAGCAUCUGUCGACACAACCCCGUGUUCGGCAUCAUGUCCUGAUGGCGGCAGCGACAGACGGCUGGUUAGCCUGUUAGCGUGCUAUGUCGUUAGCCCUUUGGCCCUUUAGCCUGCUGUCCACUAGAUAGCCAGCCAGCUAGCCCGUUAGCCCGUGGACUCUGCAGCUUGCUGGCCGGUUUACCCGCUUCCUGCUAACCACCAGCCCGCCGAUCUUUCCCUGUUUAGUUCUUAGCCUGUCAGGUCAGGCUAACAGACUGUUAGCGGGUUAGCUCAGCGUCGUUUAGCACAAAGGGGUCUGGAGAAGGUGAAGCACAAAAUUCAGUUUAUAAGCAGUAAAAUUAAAGUUCGGCGUUCUUAAUUUUCCACCAACCAGAGCAACUUUUUCCUCAAGCAACAUCGUCAGUACCCGAAGUUUUCUCCAGACCUGUAACCGGGACUAGCUAGCUGACAGUCUGCUAGCUGCUAGCAUGUUAGCCAUCCUCAUCAGUGUUCGGCAUGUUUGUGUUGGAUUUAAACUGUUCGCCAAGGAGAGCGCCGAGAUACUUCAGGAAAAUUCAGAGGGGCUUUUUCACUUCGUGAGGGUUUUAGUGUCGCUGACGUUUGUCCAGAACUAACAACGAUAAAUUCACUUUCAAAUCAGAGCCGCCAUCUUUGUUUUAAGGUGUUUGUUUAUGAAAAAAUCAAUAACUGGAUCAGAAUUAGGUUAAUGUAAAACUCUGACUGAGUGUCGGUCUCUGUCUUCAAUCUGAAACUUUAAUUUUUAAUUGCUUUAACUUUAACCCGUCAUCGGGCAGAGUUUGUUGAAUUAAAGGGAAAAUACGUAAUUUAUUAUGUUUGAAAACUGCAGAUUUUGUUUCUGUCUGUAUUUUUUUUGUGACUGAUUUUGUUCAAACUGAAAACAGAGGAGGAUCAGGGUCACCGGAACUAAAGACUUAAAGUUCAUUAUUAUUGUGACUUUUUUUGAUCACAACUUCAAUCUCGGAAUACUGAAUUUUCAGAAUUCUGACAUCAAAGUCUGACUUCUUUCUUUAAUCACUGAAUUCUGAUUUUUUUUUUAUUUAAAGAAUUUUGAAAAAAAAAAAUCAGAAUUCAGUGAUUAAAGAAAGAAGGAACGAAACGGGCGAGCAGGAGCGUCUGUUUGUGGGCGGGGCUUGCUGGAGCAGAUCCUGACUACACCACCUUUAAUUUGCAGAAUCAUGACUCUUAAAAUUCUGAGAAAAAACUUAAAGUCAAAAUAAUAAUAAUGAAUGUCCCUUAUCCUUCUCUGUAGAAUCACAGUAUCUACAUAAAGAGACAUGUAACCGCUGAAAUGUACACAUAAGAACACUUUAAUCUGUUUGUUUGAAAUGGUUGAAUCAGCUGAUGUUCACCUGAAUCCCAAACUGUGAAUCUGUGUGUUUGACAGCCUGUAUCAUAAACUUACUGCACUCAGAGCGUCUAUAUUUGUACAGAGUUUAACAGAAGAGAAAUAUCAGAGCACAUAUAUUAGUAACAUGAAUAUAGACACACACACACAUAUAUAUAUAUAAAUAUAAAUAUAUAGAUAUUCUGUAUUUACUGUUUGCUGAGGCAUGAAACUGAUCAGAGGACAGUGAUUAACAUGACCACAGGAAAAAAAGGGAAAAGAGGAAAAAGUCACUUUGAUGAACUUCAGGAAUGCAGUAAUAAAGACAAAUGCAGUAAUGAGAGAAGAGACUGAUCGAUGAUCAAUAAACACUUUAUAUCUGUCUGAAGGAUGAACCUGAACACAAACACGUCCUGUUUUUUGUUGUUUCCAUCUGAUGUUCCUGUCCUCAGCGCCGCGCCUCACCUGAUCAGCUGACCGUUCAGGGGUCAAAGGUCGACUCUGUGGUUGUUUUAGUUUAAGAACGUCUGCGGAGGAUAUAAAGUUCUGUUCUCACGCAGAGGUUCGAUGAAUGUUAUUGAUCUGUGAGUUGAUGCUGAGCUGCUGUCAAUAAAAACACCUUUAACAUUCAGCGCUGGAC